CCCCUCUCUGCCAGGCCAUGGCCCCCGCGCCUUAGACGCCGAGCAAGCCGGGCCUGAUGGACGGGGCCGGGGGGCCCGGUGAGGGCCCGGCUCAGAACGAGCUGCAGUCCCUGAGCCAGAGACUGAGGGUGCAGGAGGAGGAGAUGCGGCUGGUGAAGGCCGCCCUGGCAGAGGUGCUGCGCCAGCUUCAGGUCCAGGGGUCCCCCUUCUCCCUACAGGGCGUGGACAGCCCUGCAGCACCCCCAGGGCUGCCCCCACCAUGCCCCCUGUCCCUGGUGAGCCGAGGCACCCAGACGGAGCCCGAGCCAGCAUCUGGGACCCCUGGCUUGAGCAAUGGCCCCCCUGGCCCUCAAGGGGCCGGGGAAGAACCCAGCGAGGCCCAGUCUGAAGGAGGAGGCAGUAGCAGCAGCAGCUCCCCAGGACCCCCAGGGGUCCUGCGGCUUGCACAGCCCCCCCAGCGUGGUGACAUGCCUUGGAGAAACUCCUGCUCCUCCAUCUCAUCUCCCUCUGAGAGGCCCCGACAGAAACUCUCGAGGAAGGCGGCUUCCUCGGCCAACCUGUUGAUGCGGUCUGGGAGCACGGAGAGCCGUGGGGGGAAAGACCCCAUCUCCAGCCCUGGGGCUCCUGGAUCCCGGAGGAGCAAUUACAACUUGGAAGGAAUCUCCGUGAAGAUGUUUCUUCGUGGUCGCCCCAUUACCAUGUAUAUCCCAUCUGGAAUCCGUAGCAUUGAGGAACUUCCUAGCGGCCCCCCACCAGAGACCCUCAGCCUCGACUGGGUUUAUGGGUACCGGGGACGGGAUUCCCGCUCCAAUCUCUUCGUGCUCCGUUCCGGGGAGGUGGUCUACUUUAUUGCUUGUGUAGUGGUCCUGUACCGGCCUGGAGGAGGCCCCGGGGGGCCUGGAGGCGGGGGCCAGAGACACUAUCGGGGCCACACAGACUGCGUUCGCUGCCUCGCUGUACACCCUGAUGGUGUCCGAGUGGCUUCAGGACAGACGGCUGGAGUGGAUAAAGAUGGGAAGCCGCUGCAGCCUGUGGUCCACGUGUGGGACUCAGAGACGCUCUUGAAGCUGCAGGAGAUCGGACUGGGCGCCUUUGAGCGGGGCGUGGGGGCCCUGGCCUUCUCCGUGGCGGAUCAUGGUGCUUUUCUCUGCGUGGUAGAUGAUUCCAAUGAGCACAUGUUGUCCCUGUGGGACUGUAACCGGGGCACGAAGCUGGCUGAGAUCAAGAGCACAAAUGACUCGGUCUUGGCUGUUGGCUUCAACCCUCGGGACAGCAGCUGCAUCGUCACCAGUGGGAAAUCCCAUGUGCACUUCUGGAACUGGAGUGGCAACACGGGGGUGCCCGGGAAUGGAACUCUCUGUCGGAAACAGGGUGUCUUUGGGAAAUACAAGAAGCCCAAAUUUAUUCCUUGCUUUGUGUUCCUCCCGGAUGGAAACAUUCUCACUGGGGACUCAGAGGGGAACAUUCUCACAUGGGGCCGGAGCCCUUCAGAUUCCAGGACUCCGGGCCGAGGUGGUGCCAAAGAGACCUACAGCAUUGUGGCCCAGGCCCAUGCCCACGAAGGCUCCAUCUUUGCCCUGUGUCUCCGGCGGGACGGAACAGUGUUAAGUGGUGGUGGACGAGACCGCCGGCUGGUACAGUGGGGACCAGCCCAGCCAGGGCCAGGAUUGGUGGCUCUCCAAGAGGCCGAGAUUCCAGAACACUUUGGGGCUGUGCGGGCCAUUGCCGAGGGGCUGGGCUCAGAACUGCUGGUGGGGACCACGAAGAAUGCAUUGCUGAGGGGGGAUCUGGCCCAGGGCUUCUCUCCUGUCAUCCAGGGCCACACGGAUGAACUUUGGGGGCUCUGCACGCACCCCUUCCGCAACUGUUUCCUCACCUGCGGCCAUGACCGCCAGCUCUGCCUGUGGGAUGGAGAGAGCCAUGCGCUGGCUUGGAGCAUUGACCUCAAGGAGACUGGCCUCUGUGCUGACUUCCACCCCAGUGGGGCUGUUGUGGCCGUAGGAUUGAGCACGGGGAGGUGGCUAGUUUUAGACACGGAGACCAGAGAGAUCGUGUCAGACAUCACAGAUGGCAAUGAACAGCUCUCGGUGGUCCGGUACAGCCCAGAUGGCUUGUACCUGGCCAUCGGUUCCCAUGACAACAUGAUCUACAUCUAUAGUGUCUCCAGCGACGGGGCCAAAUCCAGCCGCUUUGGCCGCUGUGUGGGUCACUCCAGCUUCAUCACUCACCUUGACUGGUCCAAGGACGGGAAUUUUAUCAUGUCCAAUUCUGGGGACUAUGAAAUCCUUUACUGGGAUGUCACCAACGGCUGCAAACUGCUACGGAAUCGCUAUGAGAGCAGAGAUCGGGAGUGGGCUACCUACACCUGUGUGCUGGGCUUCCAUGUUUAUGGCGUGUGGCCCGAUGGCUCGGAUGGCACCGACAUCAACUCCCUGUGCCGCUCACACAACGAGCGCGUGGUGGCCGUGGCCGACGACUUCUGCAAGGUGCAUCUUUUCCAGUACCCGUGUGCACGUGCCAAGGCACCGAGCCUCGUGUACGGGGGCCACGGUAGCCAUGUAACCAGUGUCCGCUUCACCCACGACGACUCGCACCUUGUCUCGCUGGGUGGCAAGGAUGCCAGCAUCUUCCAGUGGCGGGUGCUGGGCGCCGGUGGGGCUGGACCGCAGCCCACCACCACGCCCUCUCGGACCCCUUCCUUGUCCCCUGCCUCCUCGCUGGACGUCUGACCCGGCUGUAGCCAAGUCGAAUUCCCUUUUGGACCGAGCCUUUCUUUCCUCGACUUCGAGACAUUCCUGACCGCACACCCCCCUGGAAGGGGUGGGCACCCCGGUAUACACUGGUAGAGACCCGCGGGCUGAGCCGGGCAAAUCCCAUCCAGGGCUUUUCUUUUUCACUCCUGCUGCCAGCCCCCGAGGUGGGGCAAUAA